AUGAUCCUUUCCCUUACCCUUCGCAACAUCUUCGCAACAUCUUCCUCGUCUGAAGAAAUUCAGGAAUCUCACAGAUUCCUCAAAAAGAAGCGGACGAAAGAGGAAAAGCCAGACCCUUCUUCCAGCCAGCCUACGAGUCCUGUUACACCGGUCACCCCGACAUCCUCGAGAACAUUCGGGUCGAGUUCCCUGACCACCGUCCCAACACAUAGCACCACCGCGACGAGCGUAGCCUCCCAAUCCCAAUCCCAAUCGACAACGCAAAAUACUCAGGAAGCACGAGCUUCCGCUGGCGGGGGGUCACAAAUGAAUCCACCGGCAGCUCAGGCCGUUCCGUACGGAAUCCAGCCUACUCCGAGCCCCGCGUCCCCGGCAACACCACAGAAUCUACCGAGUAUCAACAAUUUGAUCAACUUACCGCAAAAUGACGGUCACCACGCGACUGCCCCACCGCAACACCCGCACCACCCGCACCACCCAUCACAACCUACCGAGGCUAGGGUAACGAAAGGGAAAUACUCGCUGACGGACUUUGAUCUCCUCCGGACGCUGGGAACGGGAAGUUUUGGGCGUGUUCACUUGGUCCAGUCAAAACACAACCAAAGAUUCUACGCCAUCAAGGUUUUAAAGAAGGCUCAAGUUGUCAAAAUGAAGCAGGUGGAACACACAAAUGAUGAGCGGCGAAUGCUUGCCGAGGUUAAACAUCCUUUUCUCAUCACGCUUUGGGGUACCUUUCAAGACCCGAAGAAUUUGUAUAUGGUAAUGGAUUUCGUCGAAGGUGGGGAAUUAUUCUCUCUGCUGAGGAAAUCAGGCCGGUUUCCAAACCCGGUGGCUAAAUUCUAUGCUGCGGAGGUCACUCUUGCACUUGAAUAUCUUCAUGAUCGACACAUCAUCUAUAGGGACCUUAAACCCGAAAAUCUACUCCUGGACCGCCACGGGCACCUUAAAAUAACUGAUUUUGGCUUUGCCAAGAAGGUUCCGGAUAAGACAUGGACCUUGUGUGGGACUCCGGACUACUUAGCACCAGAAGUCGUUUCCAACAAGGGCUAUAACAAAUCUGUAGACUGGUGGUCUCUGGGCAUCUUAAUUUACGAGAUGCUCUGCGGUUAUACACCGUUUUGGGAUAGCGGUUCACCGAUGAAGAUUUAUGAAAAUAUAUUGAAGGGCAAAGUCAAGUAUCCGGCGUAUAUUCACCCCGACGCCCAGAACUUACUGGAGCGCCUUAUUACGCCAGAUUUGACGAAACGGCUGGGUAACCUCUAUGGUGGACCACAAGACGUGAAAAACCAUCCGUGGUUCUCGGAGGUCACAUGGGACAGGUUAUCGAGAAAGGAUAUCGACGCUCCGUACACACCCCCAGUGAAGGCUGGCGCUGGCGAUGCAAGCCAGUUCGAUAGGUAUCCCGAAGAAACGGAGCAGUACGGCCAGCCGGGAAGCGAUGAGUUUGGCCACCUGUUCCCGGAUUUUUGA